CUAUCUUUGUUCUGCUUUCUCCUUCCCUUUCUGUUAGUUACAUGACAGACAUACCUAAAAGCACGGCCAGACAGUUAGUUAUGCAGCUGUUAAACUGUAUAAGCUUCUUGCUUGGGCUGGCCAUCCUCUCGGCCACCAUUGGACCCUUCGUCACCAUUGCACAUAGAGAAUUGAUGAUGGUAACUGGCAGUAAGAGAGGAGUAGAGUUCAAGCUGGAACUUAGUGUUGACAAAACCACAACAGAUGAGGAAAUCAGAAGCAAUAUAUUGACAGGACGAAAGCUGGCUUUUGGAGAUGCAGUCAUGGAGCAGGACACAAGGAAUUCUGGAGGCAAAACAAGCUCAGGAGAAAUUAAGAAUUAUUCAAUUAACUCACGUGCGCCUUCAAACCUAAAGGAUAUUAGUAGCUCCAGGAUGCAGGCAGGACCAUCCAUGAACAGAGUAAAACUAGAAGGAAGCACAUCAGAGCUAGCACUGAACAUUCCAAAUCCUCGACAUAUCAGAACAUUGCCAUCCAAACAUUCUUCCGGGGAUUCAAAUGCAGGCUCCAAACAUGCACUGAGGAAUUCAAUCGUUCGCAGCACCUUAUAUAAAAUUCAUGAGGAUUGGAAGGAGAAAAUGUUAGAGGCCAGUGAUGAAGUUCUGAAAUAUCUUAACAAGGAUUACCAUGGCUCUCCCCGUAAGAGGAGACCUGUUCAUAACUAA